UAUACAAGCAGUCUUAGCUUCAAUUGGAAUAAAUACCUGAAUGUAAACGUUGAAUUUGCUGACCCUUGGGGCCGAGAUCUCUCUGUGCUGAAAGGGAAAAAAUCAUGACAGUGUCCAGUUCAGUAGUAAGGAAACAAUGGAUCACAAGCUACUUCUAGAUCACUGUGUUGGUGUGUUGGACACCUUCAAUCAAGAAAUCCACUCUGUAGAUGACCAUGUAAACCAGUAUCUUAAGGACUAUGGGAUUUAUGAUGAGGAUGAGCAGACAUUUAUUGUUGAGGUAUUUUCCGGAUGUGUUCGCUACAGUAAUGUCAUGUCUGUUGUGGUCAACGGCUUCUAUGCAAAAGAUGGCAAAACAGCAUUACGUUCACAACAGAACUUGUACACAGUGUUAGCAUAUCUUGCCUUGUUUCGACUAGAUGAACUCGGGAUGGCAAACUUAAGACAGUUUGUCAGGUCACAGGAUAUUAACAAAAUGUUCAAGUUUCUCCAGUUCUUCUUCAAUGAGAAAAGUGUAACGAGCUGGAUGAAGGACACAUGGCAGAAGUAUUAUGAACACACAUUUGUACAGACAAAGCUUGUAUCACCACUACGCAGGUGGCUUCCGGAGCUUGAAGAGAUGGUUGGACAGAUGCGUGAAAAGAUUGACAACAUCACAAAGCCCCGCCGCAAGGCUCUCACCACCACAGAGAUCAAACCUUUCAAAAUCACACAGCCAAGACCAAAGAGUGUCCCUGUCCCAGAACCGAUUCCCAAGUUGGAGCGUAGUCGCCCCCCUCCGGAGACACUGUACAAACAACCAUCUGAACUAGGGAAGAUUGAACAGGUCCGCCAAGCAAACAGGCGCAGGGCUGAGGAACGACUAAUGGAUGCCUCAAGGAAGCAAUUCGCCUGUGCCAACCCUGAAAAAUCCCUGAAAACAAAAGAGAAAAUACAGAGGAUAUUAGAUGAGGCAGAUCAGAAACUGGAGUUUGACAAACCCAAGACAAACAAAGCCCCAUCCUUCCUGAAUACACCUCGCUCUAAUCGUUCCACGUCGUCACGGAAACAUAGCCAGGAGGUACCAGUUAAGAUGACGGCAGCAGCCAUUCUCAGAGAAGGCUUCCUCUACCAGCAGCGAGAGGCAGAGGAGAUCAAGAAGCUGGAGAACCUGGAGGCUGGGGCGAAGGACAAGUCAGACUUUGAGAAAUGGCAGACAGAGAUGCGACGUAAGGAUACAGAGCUGGACCUCGCAGAGAUUGAGCGAAGGAGACUCGAGGGAAAGAUCAGUCAUGAGGAAGCAAUACUGGCGCGACAAAACAUCGUACAGGAGAACAGGCAGAGGGUCACCGAGAUGAAGGAAGAGACCGAAAAGAUGUUUGAACGAUAUUUGGAAGAAAAAUUCAAGGAAGAACAACAGAUGAAGCAAUUAGUGGAAGAUACCAUGAAAGGGCAUAAAAAUGCAAAAGAAGCCAAGAAAAAGUUGAUGGAGUACAAACAAAAAAUAGUUGCGGAGGUAGCCGAGGAAAGCCGUGAGAUGAUGGCUCGUGCCGUGGAAGAGGCUGAACUAGAAAUGCGGCGCAGGAUGGAGCUCAUCCACCAGAUCCGCGCCAUGGAGGCGGUUCCCGUCAUCCGGCAAAAGUUUGUUGACACCACCUCCACUGCCGGCCAUGGGCUGCUGUCGGAGAUGUCUAUUGCUGAGUUGCGUGAGAGGGUUGCACUUCUACGGACAGCAGAGCAGGAGGCAGAGGAAAUGAAGAGAGAUGACAUUCUCAUGGAUAAAGAGGCUAAGGAUCAGAUGUUACUGGACACACUGGAGAGGAUCUCUAAACACCGCCUGGAACAGACCAAGGCUGCAGCCGUCAAGUUGGAGGGUCGUAAGAAAGGCGAGCCGAGGAAGAUGACUGUUGAGACACCAGAGUUAUCUGCCCUACAACAAAAGCUAGAGGAGAGACGACAGCAGAGACUGCACGGCCAGGAGUCCUCACGACUGGCUCCAAACGCAAAGUCUGCAAAGAGAACCAAGAGCCUCAUUAACCAGAAGAAAAACCUUGAGGAAAGUCGGUGGCGGGAGUUAGAGGCUACGAGGGAGAGAUCUGCCCAGGUGAUGCAGCAGAGUUACGCCCGGUCGGCCACCCGUCUCAACACCGCUCUCACCUCCGUCACGUAACAUGGCUGCUGUACACAGCGUGGGAGUGUGUGUGUAUGUGUGUGUGCAUAGGAACUGAAUCAUGACAUUUUUUGUUCAAUUUACCGAUAUUUAGAAGAAAAUAUUUUAAAACGAAUUUGUCAAAAUGCUUAGUAUUUGAUAUUGCUGCUGAUUAUUUUUUAUUAACCUAUGUCAAAGGAAACAGUAUUUUAAACAUUUUAUUAAAUUCUGAAGAAAUUUAUUUGUACUUAUAUUUAUGUCUGUGAUAUAUUGUGUAUAAAUUAUGUUUCCUCUGACAGUAUUGGUCAUGUUUGUGUUGUAAUUAAACUCAGAUUCCAAAGUAUUUAUAGAUGCCACUGUGAUAACGAUACAUGUAUUAAAUGGUUAUGUUUAUGCAUUCAGAAUGAACAUUACAUGUACAUUACAAUAUUGAUGAUGUGAUGAUAAGUGAAGAAUAUUUUGUGAAUUCCUUUUUCCAACCAUUAACUAUGUGGGUUUACAUGACAUGGGAUAAGUUAUGUUUCUGUGGGCAUACAGCCAAAAAUUACCCCUACAUUUUACAUUUCAUUAUGGUAUUCUGUGUUCUAUUACAAAGUAAAAUUGUGUAUUUAGAUUUUUAAUGGCAACAUUAUUUUUCCAAUGAGUGGAUUUCAGACCAUCCAUUAUACAGAUAAAAUACAAUUUAAAUGUCAAUUUUCCAUGUUUCAUAAACAUUUGCUGUUAGAUUGGCGUAAAAUUCCUCCGUCCAAUAAAUGAACUUUGUUGAUGUUUUAUAUUAUUUAUAAUAAAUUUAAAUGAAAAUAAGUGUAUAUUUUUUCUCUUCAAAGAAUACCCUGAAAAAGAUAAUGAACUAACAAGUAUCCAGUGACUAUGUAUUGUGUCAGAAGCCGUUUCCAAAGGCUUAAAUAUCAAUUGAGUAAUGUCCCUUGAUUAAAGGAGAGAUAUGUUCUGCAUAGGCUUCCAUUUACAGUGAUCUUGUUUUGAACAUUUAGACAUUGCCACAGCUGAGCGGUUGGUGUUAAGAUUAUAUAUUGCUGGAAACAAAGUUGAAAAUCAUAAAUACUUUGGUGAUAAUGCUAGUUUUUGUUGACAAUA